UAAUUUAUAAAUUACUAAAACUAUAUAUCUUCUUUAGCUUAGCUGUUCUUCUCCCUCCCCACAAGCCGAUGCUCUUGACCCAUCACUUGUCGUUUUCCUCUGGUGUAUUCUCUUUCUUCUGCAAAAUUCUUAUUUUAUAAUUUCUUUAUCUGUCGAUCCAUUUAUAUUAUUAGUAUUAUCUCAAUAAUAACAUGCGAGUGACAAAGCAAAAACAAAAGAGUUUUCAGUGGAAAAGACAGACUCCCUUAAUGGGAUACACACGCGAGGUGAGUGCAUAGAUACUUCAAUACAAUUAUUGAAGAGUUUACACAUAUAAAAAGAGUACAACCAUCCCUCAAAGAUCGGAACACAUUAGAAAAGAAAAGCGAUAUGGGAGAGAUAGCAGAAGAGUUCCCGGUGGUUAUAACGGACGAUGACCGGUGCGUUGUACCGGAGGUUGAGCUCACCGUACCCAAAACCGAUGAUCCGAGCUUACCGGUUCUCACGUUUCGGAUGUGGGUUCUUGGUAUAGGCGCGUGCAUUGUACUCUCUUUCAUUAACCAGUUUUUCUGGUACAGAACCAUGCCGUUGAGCAUCACCGGAAUCUCAGCUCAGAUCGCCGUCGUGCCGCUCGGACAUCUCAUGGCGAGGGUGCUUCCGACGAGGAGGUUCUUGGAAGGUACGAGGUUCCAGUUCACGUUAAAUCCAGGUGCCUUCAACGUCAAGGAACAUGUUCUGAUCACAAUCUUUGCGAACUCCGGCGCUGGCUCCGUCUACGCUACUCAUAUCCUCAGUGCUAUUAAGCUUUACUACAAACGCUCUCUUCCUUUCCUCCCUGCGUUUCUCGUUAUGAUCACCACUCAGAUUCUUGGAUUUGGAUGGGCGGGUCUAUUCAGGAAACACCUGGUCGAGCCAGGAGAGAUGUGGUGGCCAAGCAACCUCGUCCAAGUCUCUCUCUUCGGAGCAUUACACGAGAAGGAGAAGAAAUCAAAAGGACACAUGAGUCGAACACAGUUCUUCUUGAUCGUCCUAGUAGCUAGCUUUGCUUACUAUAUCCUUCCCGGUUAUCUCUUCACCAUGUUAACAUCAAUCUCAUGGGUUUGCUGGUUCAAUCCCAAAUCAAUUCUAGUAAACCAACUCGGUUCAGGUGAACACGGUCUAGGUGUUGGAUCCAUUGGUUUUGAUUGGGUCACCAUUAGUGCUUACCUUGGAAGCCCUCUAGCUAGUCCCUUGUUCGCUUCAGUCAAUGUAGCUAUUGGCUUUGUGCUUGUCAUGUAUAUCGUCACGCCUAUUUGUUACUGGCUUAACAUAUACGAAGCCAAGACGUUUCCUAUCUUCUCUAGCCAGCUCUUCAUGGCUAAUGGCUCACGCUAUGAUGUUUUGAGCAUUAUUGAUAGCAAGUUCCAUCUAGACCGUGCGGUUUAUUCUAACACCGGUUCUAUCAACAUGAGCACCUUCUUUGCUGUUACUUAUGGACUCGGCUUUGCUACAUUGUCUGCCACCAUCGUCCAUGUCUUAGUAUUCAACGGAAGUGACUUGUGGAAACAGACAAGAGGAGCGUUUCAGAAGGAUAAGAAAAUGGAUAUACAUACAAGAAUCAUGAAGAAGAACUACAGAGAAGUUCCAAUGUGGUGGUUUCUGGUGAUCCUCUUACUGAAUAUUGCGCUCAUCAUGUUCAUCUCUGUGCACUACAACGCCACCGUGCAGCUUCCUUGGUGGGGAGUGUUGCUCGCUUGUGCUAUUGCUAUCUCUUUCACUCCUUUGAUCGGUGUUAUAGCCGCUACCACUAACCAGGCACCAGGGUUGAACAUUAUAACCGAGUAUGUUAUUGGGUAUAUCUACCCGGAACGUCCUGUUGCCAACAUGUGCUUCAAGGUCUAUGGAUACAUUAGUAUGACUCAAGCUCUAACUUUCAUUUCCGACUUCAAGCUCGGUCACUACAUGAAGAUCCCGCCUAGAUCCAUGUUCAUGGCUCAGGUGGUAGGGACGCUUGUGGCGGUUAUGGUUUACACAGGAACAGCUUGGUGGUUAAUGGAAGAGAUUCCUCAUCUCUGUGACACAUCCUUGCUUCCUUCAGACAGCCAAUGGACUUGUCCCAUGGACCGCGUCUUCUUUGACGCCUCUGUGAUUUGGGGACUAGUGGGACCACGCAGGGUGUUUGGAGACCUUGGAGAAUACUCGAGUGUCAACUGGUUCUUCCUCGUAGGCGCCAUAGCUCCACUCUUGGUCUGGCUAGCCGCUAAAGCAUUCCCGGCUCAGACAUGGAUCUCCAAGAUUCAUAUCCCUGUCCUUGUUGGAGCCACCGCAAUGAUGCCGCCAGCAACAGCUGUUAACUUCACCAGCUGGCUUAUUGUUGCAUUCGUCUUUGGCCAUUUCAUUUUCAAGUACAGGAGAGAGUGGUGGAAGAAGUAUAACUAUGUGUUGUCGGGUGGUUUAGAUGCUGGCUCGGCUUUUAUGACUAUACUUCUGUUUCUUGCACUUGGAAGAAAGGGUAUUGAAGUGCAGUGGUGGGGAAACUCUGGUGACCGUGAUACAUGUCCUUUAGCUUCAUGUCCAACCGCAAAAGGGGUUGUGGUCAAAGGUUGUCCCGUCUUCUAGCUUGUCAGAGAAACAGUAUAUAACAAGACGCAAGGAAACAGUAUUAUUUUUAUCCUCAGAAAUGUAUUUACUCUUUGAAGAAGUUUGUCAUAGCUUUACAUUAGGUACUGUUCUGUUCUAUGACCAAACACAAAUGCUAGUGACUCUAUUUUUGUCUUCUUAUAAUGAGUAUUAUGUGAAGAUA